UGUAAUAAUGUUAUUUAUUAAUUUAUUAUUUUCAUCGUUUAACCUUUAACCACUUUGAAUUCAAGUUGACGAAAAUAAAUAAAUAAGAAUGAUUAUUGAUUGAUCUGCAAAGAAUGUCUAGGGCAACUAAACGUAAACAUGUGCAGAAAGAAAUGCUCACUGCUGAAUGGAAUGGUCCAAUAGAUGAUCAGCGCAUUGUUCGCAUAGUUGCUGGUCGUGGCAACAAUCUUCAUGAAGUAUUCUCAGUAGAAGACAAUGAAACAUUUCUUGUUUCAAUGCCAGCUAAAUUCCGACGAAAUGUGUGGGUGAAACGUAAUGAUUAUGUUGUUAUUGAACCAAUAGCUGAAGGAGAUAAGGUACGUGGUGAAAUUGUACGUGUGCUGACUAAAGAUGACAUGAAACUAAUGAAACAAAAAGGGUGGAAGAAGGACGACAAUUGUGAUAUCGAAGCAAAUACAAAUCGCCCUGUUGUUACCACUAUCAGCGACUUGAGUUGUACUGAUACAGACACUGAUCAUGAUGACCCAUCAGAAGAUACAGAUUAUUCUUCAUAAUCAUGGAAAUAUAAUUUAAAAAAAAUAUGUAUAAUAAAAUUAUAUUUCCAUUAUUAUGAAGAAUAAUCUGUAUCUUCAUAAUCAUGGAAAUAUAAUUUWAAAAAAAUAUGUAUAAUAAAAUGUCAGUACAUGUAAUUGUGCCAAAUAAAGACUAUUCUGUUAUUAUAACGUAAUGUGAUUUAUAUAUUAAGUUUCAAUUUGGAAAAUACAUUUAAGUAAUUGUAAGUACUACUAUAACAGUGUGUAAGUAAUUGUAAUGGUUUGUUCUAUAUUAAAUCUAUUGAAUUUUUUAUAYGAAAAAAAUUUAAAUUUAAAUAAAGUGAAUGAUAAUUUA